UUUGAAAUUCGAUCAUCCGCUUUGCCUUCUUUAAGUGCUCUUAGAUGGAUUGCUUUUAGAACAAAUACACAAAUACAAUUAAAUGCACAAGGGUUAUUAAUAUCUGGACCGUUAGAAGGAAUUUUUGUGGCAAGGAAGUUUAUAACGGGUUUAUUGCCUGUAUCUCUACAAUUUGAAAAACCAACAGAAUUACCAACUCCAACAAAUUCUUUAUUAAGAAUAUUAGAACGUGAAUUAGAUUUACAAAUUUCUGAAAAAAGAAAACGUAAAAUGCCAAAAAUAAAUAAUGAAAGGGAAAGUGGAAAUGAUGAAAGGGAAUAUAUUAUUUGUACUUAUGAGGCAAAUUUAUUCAAUGUUUAUUUGGCUAGAAAUAAACUUCUUCAAUUAAAUAAUCAAAAUAAAACAUCAGAAUCGCCAGAAAAAUCCAAAGAAGAAAAUGCUGAUUCCGAUGACCAGUUUCCUCAAGACAAUGACAGAGCCGCAUUAAUGCGUAGUUUAUGCCGUGAAAGUCUUUUGAUAACCGAUCAACAACAACAACAACAACCAUUAAUAUCUCCAUCCAACUUUUCACUUUCUGUUAACGAAACAAAAGGAUUUAUAAAUACAAAUAAAAUAGAUUGGGGAAACCAAUUGGAAAAUAUUUGUAAAUUAAAUUUAUUAGAAGAAGACGGAGAAGGUGGGGGACCUAAAUCACCAGAUCCUCAAGAAUCGCCAAUAGCUGCUGGAUUACUUGCGGGUGCUAAAAGUGUUAAUUUACAAAAAGGAGAAUUUAGAAAAAUUUUGGAUCGAGAACGUUUAAGGCUUAGAAAUACAGCAAUUAAUACAGCAAAUAAAUGUAAAUAA